GAUAACAUGGUGUUCAGUUGGCUCCUUCAUUCCAUUCAGCCAGAUCUUGCUGAGGCCUUUCUUUAUGCCUCAUCGUCUGAAGAAUUGUGGAACGAAUUGGAAGAAAGAUUUGGACAAAGCAAUGGUCCCUUGAUAUAUCAGAUUGAGAAGAAGAUUGCAGAUCUUCAGUAGAACAAUGAUUCUGUUGGAGCGUACUUCACCAAACUCAAGAAGCUUUGGGAUGAAAUGGCCACUGUGAAUGAGCCACCAACUUGUCAAUGUGGUGGCUGUACCUGUGAUGCCAAGAGGAAGGCCAUUGAAGCUGGUCAGAAGAGAAAACUGGUUAUGUUCCUCAUGGGCUUGAAUGAUGUAUUUGAUGUGGUGAGAGGACAGAUCCUGUUGAUAGAACCUUUUCCAUAUGCCAGUAAAGCAUGUAGUCUUGUUCCACAGGUUGAGCGACAGAAAACAAUCACAGGAGCAUACACUAUUGGGACAGAAAUGGCGGCUUAUGCCAAUGGUAAUGAUGUAGAUGGACAAAGCAUUGCUCUGUAUGCUGGAAAGGCAAACAAUCAGAGCCAACCUUUCUUCAGCAAACCAGAUCCAAGGAAGAAUAAAGGAAUUUGCACCUACUCUAAAGGAAUUGGACAUGUUAAGGAACAAUGUUUUAAACUGGUAGGCUACCCUGAUUGGUUCAAGGGAAACAAAGGCAAGAAGGGUCAAAGUUCUUAUGGGGGGAACAAGUUUGCUGGAAAUGCCAUGCUGCAGAACCAAAGUGACUGUAUGGAGACACCACUUGAAGUCCUGGAUGCAGAAAAUGAAGGACACAGUUUUCAUGCAAAUUCUGCACUUGUUAAGAACUUGGCUCAAGAAGUUAUGAGGAUGAUGAAUGAGAGAGCAACUCAAAGCCAUCAGACACUAAUUCCCUCAACACCUAUGCACACUUUGCAGUCGUUCUCGUUCGUCAGUGCACGGCUCUACCGCAUUAGACCUGGCACAGAUAGGUUCUGUAGGGUUCUUGAUAUGGGUGAAAAAUCUGGCAGUCUUGAUGAAUGGAGGGUAUAUUUUAAGAGUGCCAAUGCCGAUAUAUUUGGUAUAAUCGAGCAGGCUAUUAAGAUGGCAGCCAUAGACAAACCCAAUGAGCUGGCCCUGAAACGAGCUCGAAUAGCCGAGAUGCUUUUUACUUGCAAACCAACCUUGUGUACCUCCUGCAACAAUGCUGGACUGGCUUUGCCCACUGGUGUUGAUGAUGUCCAAGCCGAGCCCGAGAAAACUGAGGCCGAUAAGAGUAAAGAGAGCAAAAAGAAAGAUGAACCUUUGGAGAUGGACUCAGAUGUCAUAAACCAGAUGAGCCACAGCAGCUAUGUAGAUGUUGAGGCUUUGAAUGAUGAGAUUGAGGAAGAAUCUCAGACUGUUUUGGAGGUCUCGAGGAUCAAGAAGAUCAUUGAUAACCAUGACGAAGAGUCCGAGUCCCUAGUGAUUGGUUCCCUGAGAAAACUUCAAUUGAUGGAUUUGUCCGUGGAGAUUCUAAAGGCCACUGACAUUGGAAAGUCUGUAAAUGCUCUCCGAAAGCGGAAAUCCGCAAAAAUUAACCAUCUUGUCCGUGCAUUGAUUGGUGCUUGGAAAGCCAAAGUGGAUGAAUGGGUCAUUGUUACAGAAACUGUGGCAGGUAGAGAAAGGGCUUUAGAAAAAGAAGAAGAAGAGGAAGAAGGGCUACCAUCUCCUCCCAUGGAUGAGGGAGCUUUCUUUACUACUAGUACAAUGGAUCUAUCACAAUUCUUUGAUGACAUCGAUGAAAAUGGAAAUCUUCGAAACAGCAAGGAGGCCAACAACAAGUUUGAGAAUGACCUAAAGAAAGCUGCGAUGCAGAAACCAUCAUCGGUUGCUCCUAAAGAAAGGUUUACUAACAAACCAAAGGCAGAAGAAAAGAAACCAAUGAUUUCUUCUUCUCAAGAUUGGUUUACUCGACAGCCAAAGGAACAUGAAACCCCAAUUAAGAAACCGAUUGCCAGCAGACCAAACAAGGCUUGUGCCAAAAGACCACAACCCGUGGAACAUAAGGCCGCUAUUGACAAGAAGUGUCACGUUUCUCAACCAAGUAAGGUGAAGUGUAAAGAUGAAGACUCGAUCAGAGCAAAACUAGAAGUGGCAAAGAAGAAACUUAAAGAACGUUACGACUCUCUUGAAUCCGCCAAGAAGCAGCGGACGACUCAGUUUUUGGAGAUGCAUGAAAUCCCCAAGCAGUGUAUAGGGAACAAAAAUGCACAUGUGAAACCAGGCCAUUACAGCAAGCACUGAAUGAAUGGGUUUUCCAUUUGUGAAAGAAAAGAAGAAGAAGAAGAAAAACAAUCUGUAGUUGAUAUUCUCAUAGAAAUAGCUGCUCCCAAAUGGGAAGCAGAAUGUGUUUAUUUUCCAUAUUGGGUAGUGGUGGUGUAUUUGGUACCAACAUCAUGUGUUUUGGGUAGCAUUAGGGCCCUUUGGUUAUCAUAU